AUGAGCGAGCGCGACGACGACUACAGCAUCAUGCGCGUGGCCAAGCACGACGACAUUGAGCUCAUGAGCCCCUGGAAGCGCUGGGCAUACCGCCUGAGCGCGCCCUUUGUGAUCCUCACCAUUGGCGUGCAGUUCAUCUACUUUGUCCUGCGCAUCCUGUACACCCGCUCGGCCGAGAUCCAAGCACAACAGACGUACUGGAUGGCCUGGGCGUUCAUCGUCAUCGAGAUCAUUGUGCUCAUCCCCAUGCUGCUGCACCGCCUCUGGGGCCUGCACGCCAUCGGCAUGCGGCGCCGGCCCAAGCUGCGCAUCAUCGGCGACCAGGUCCCCUCGGUGGACGUCAUCAUCACUUGUUGUGGCGAGGACGACGACCUGGUCCUCGACACGGCCAAGGCGGCCUGCAACAUCGACUACCCGCGCAGCCGCUUCCGCGUCAUCAUCUGCGACGACGGCAACUCAGCCACGCUCUGCGAGAAGACGGAGCGCACUGCCGUCGAGCACUUUGACAAUCUGUACUACCGCUCCCGCCCCAAGUAUCCUGGCGUGCCACACCACUUCAAGGCUGGCAACCUCAACUACGCCCUCGACGAGACGGCGUCCCUGCCCGGCGGCGGGGCCAACUUCUUCGCUGCCCUCGACGCUGACAUGAUUCCUGAGCGCGACUGGCUGCGGGCGUUGAUCCCGCACAUGCUGCAGGAUCCCAAGUGCUGCAUGACGUGUCCACCGCAGCUGUUCUACAAUGUACCCAAGGACGACCCCCUUUGUCAGAGUCUGGACCUCUUUGUUCAUGUCUCGGAGCCCAUGAAGGAUACCCUGGGUGUUGCGUGGUGCACUGGAUCUGGGUACAUCAUGCGCCGGGCAGCCCUCGAGUCUAUCGGGCGUUUUCCCACGGGGUCUCUAGCCGAGGACGUGUGCACCUCGAGCAUGCUCCUCGGCGUUGGCUGGAACACGGCCUUUGUUCACGAGUCGCUGCAGUAUGGCACCGUGCCGGACUCGCUGUCCAGUCACCUGAAGCAGAGGACACGCUGGACCAUCGGCACCGUGCAGACGUCUGUAAAAUUGCGUUUCUGCCUCUGGGGUCCUCUCGUGAAGCGCAUGACCUUCUAUCAGAGGCUCUGCGGGUUUGUAUACACUAUCGCCUCGUUGCUCACCGUCGCCCUGGUCGCGUCCAUGUUCACGUCUCCCGUCGUGCUCAUCUCGGGCGGCAACCUCGUGCCGUUCAGCAACUACACCCAGUUGAAGUGGCUCAUCCGCGUGUGGUUUGCCUCGCACGUCCUCAACCGCUGGAACGAGGUCGUCACGUACUUGCCCAGUGGGUACUUCACGGGCCAGCGCGAGGCCAGGGCCGUGCUGUGGAUGGCCAUUUUCCAAUCAAUCUCCGUCAUCCGCACAUUCUGCCUCCCUUCCUGGCUCGGCGGCAAGAUCGCAGUCUUCACCUCCUCGGGCUCGCAAAAGGCCGAGCUUGACGAGCGCGACCCUGCCCGCCGCGCGCCGCUCUGGCGCCGCCUCAAGGUGACCAUCUGGGACUGCCAGUGCUACUUGCACCUCGUGUACAUGCUCUUCGUCCUCGUCGCCGUGGUGCUCGGCACGUACUGGAACAUCACCCGGAACCCGAGCCAUAGCACAAAGGACCUGCUGAUCGUCAUCCUCACGCACGCCGGCUGGCCUCCGAUCCUGUGGCUCAGCUGCCUGCUCUCGUGCUGGACGCCGAUCGCAUACGCCAUCGCUCCGCCGGACUGUCCGGACCGCGAAGAGCUGCUUGACCGCGAUGACAAGACGGGGGUCGCGUAUCCCAAGGAAGAGUCCAAGGUGAUCCAGACGGGAUGGAUCACGUGGGCGCACGAGGUGUGGUACUCGCUUCUGUCGGUCUAUACGUUCGUCAUAUUUGCACUAUCGUUCUACAUCGAGUAG